GUCAGCCACCUCGGUAGUUUGCUAGCCAACAUGGUCGAAACGUUCAAGCUGAUCAGACUGUUUCAGUGUAUAUUUGCCUCUGAAUUUUAAACAUACUAAUGUCUUAUAACUAGUUUCGGCAUUUAAUGUCAUAUUUACGUUUAGUCAGGUAACGGUAGCUGGCUUCAUAAAUUAGCCUAUCACUAGUCUAGUCGCUAACUUGCUAGCUAGCUAACAUCGCCGACCAUGAGCUCGCCAAGCUACUCUCCUCCUGCUAAAGAAGAGGAGGUCUGCUGGACGGAGAAAGAGGGUCUGUGGCUGAACGUUGUCGUGAAAGAGGAGGAGGAAGAGGAGGAUGUCACAGUAACAAAAGAAGAGGAGGGUGGUGAGACUGUUACAGUGAAAGAUGAAGAGAAUAAAGACGAGGCUUUUUUUGGAGUGAAGGAGGGAGAGGUAACUGUCACGUUGAAGGAGGAGGAGGAGGGGGAAGAAGAAGAGGAGGAGGAGGAGACGGAAGAUCUGAUUAACAACAGAGACAGACCAGACUCUGAGGAUUUAGAGCCAGAGACGUCCAAAGCAGCAAGACGACACCACUGCUCCCAGUGUGGAAAAGUAUUUUCUCGUUUAGCUUCCCUGAAAAGACACAAAAGAAUACAUACAGGAGAGAAGCCUUAUCACUGCUCCCAAUGUGGAAAGAGUUUUACCCAGUUGGGAACCCUGAACAUACAUAAGAGAACACACUCUACAGAGAAGCCUUACCAUUGCACCAAGUGUGGAGAGGGCUUUUCCCAUUUAAGGUUCCUGAAAAUACACGGGAAAAUACAUACAGGAGAGAAGCCUUACCACUGCUCCUACUGUGAAAAGGGUUUUACCAAGUUAUGGAUUCUAAAAGAGCAUGAGAGGUCACACACAGGAGAAAAGCCUUUCCAAUGUUCCCAGUGUGGAAAGAGAUUUACCCAUUCACGGAACCUCAAAGGGCAUCAGAGAAUACACACAGGAGAGGAGAGGACCUACUACUACUGCUCUCAGUGUGGAAAGCGUUUUGGUUGGUUAAAGGACCUGAAAAGGCAUGAGAGAACGCACACUGGAGAGACCCCUUACCAAUGCUCCCUGUGUGUAAAGGCUUUUUCUCGUUUAGCGUCCCUGAAGAUACAUAAAAGAAUACAUACAGGAGAGAAGCCUUACCACUGCUCCCAAUGUGGAAGGAGUUUUAGCCAGUUAGGAAGCCUGAACAUACAUAAGAGAAUACACUCCGGAGAGAAGCCUUACCGUUGCGCUGAGUGUGGAGACUGUUUUUCUCAUUUAGGUUCCCUGACAAUAGGAGAGAAGCCUUAUCACUGCUCCUACUGUGAAAAGUGUUUUACCAGGUUAGGGCACCUAAAAGAGCAUGAGAGGACACACACAGGAGAAAAGCCUUUCCAAUGUUCCCAGUGUGGAAAGAGUUUUACCCAUUCACAGACCCUCAAAGGGCAUGAGAGAGUACACACAAGACAGGAGAGGACCUACUGCUGCUCCCAGUGUGGAAAGAGUUUUAGUUGUUUAAAGUACCUGAAAAGGCAUGAGAGAACACACACUGGAGAGACCCCUUACCACUGCUCUCAGUGUGGAAAGAGUUUUACCCAGUUAGGGAGUCUUAACAAACAUAAGAGAACCCACUCUGGAGAGAAGCCUUAGCGGUAUACAAUAUAUACUGUAUACAGGGGUAUUUGGAAAUAGCCAC